UGCCAUCUUUGACACUCGAUCAUGGCAGUGAAACGAGAGAUAAUGGCCCAAAUGGCCUCGGCAGAUUUACAUCUGACGAAUUGGGGCACCAAUUUUUACUGGGCCGCAACGGGCAUUUUCAAUGUCGCUGCUAUCGCCUUCUUCGCUGCAGGACUGGCAAGUCGCAAGCAUCUCGUCCGAGUGCUCUACUUUCUCUCUGCACUAUCGUGCUACAUAGCAUGCCUGGCAUACUUUGCCAUGGGCGCCAAUAUGGGCUGGACCGCAGUCCAAGUCGAGUUUCCGCGCGAUCAUCGUCUUGAGGCUCCUCCAACCCGGCAGGUGUUUUGGGUGCGGUAUAUUUUCUGGGCUGUGGUGACUCCGCUGUCAACCGUCAUGCUAUCCAUGCUCACCGACCUGUCGCCCCAGUUGAUCACCAUGGAAGUGGUCAUGUCUCUUCUUGUCAUCAUCACUGGCCUCGUUAGCGCUCUCAUCCCAACCUCGUUCAAGUGGGCAUAUUUCGGUUAUGGCGCCGUUCCCUGGGCGGGGGUCACGUAUUUGGUUAUGCGGACUGGAUACCAGCACAUUUCCGGCAAACACCCCACCCGCCGAGGACGAUACCUGGUCUGUGCCGUUUUCUGUAUGAGUCUGUUUCUGAUGUAUGGCGUCGUAUGGGGACUCAGCGAGGGGGGCAAUGUGGUUAGUGUCGACGUAGAGGGGCUGCUGUAUGGGCUUGCGGAUCUAUUCGGAAUUGGGUUUAAUGGGCUUGUGGUCUGGGCUGCAUCUGUGUAGAUGGAUAUCAAGAUAGAUUUUUUCAUCGUUGCAGCCGAGCUGAAUUUGACUUCCGUAUAUGCUUCCCAAUCUGGGGCAUCUGUGGGACAGCACUGCCGCUAAGUUGCAGAUCUGCAGACUAGGAGAGCGGAUCAAUCGACGGUGAGGGACAGGUCGUGGCAUUUGGAUGUGUGCAUAACCUGCUAGCUCGUGAGUAUUAGAUAUAAGUAUGCGUUGCAGGCAAGAAUACUCAAUUAACAGUAUUAUUUUACCAUGGCACCUACAGCUAUCGUUGUUGGUAUGUCUG